AUGCGUUUGUGUGAGAGCGUCGUGGCAGGGGUAAGGAGUAAGGGAUCCGCCCACACGCAACACACAGACACACACCUCCGCCUCACCGUUACACUCCGCUUCUCUCCUUCCAACAUCGUGCUUGCAACCAGGUUUGAGAUGUCGACCCCAGUUCCAGCGACAGGGGGCGCGGCGGCCUCAAACGCGCGCAGACCUUUGCCAACAACUCCGGGAGACAAGAUCGUCGAAGGUGAGCGACUGCGAGACGAGGCGCAAUCGCUCCUCAAAAGCGAUAAACCCAAGACGGCGGCGGUGAAGUUCCGGACUGUGUUCGCAUACACGAAAGGGUUGAUCCCGCAGACCUCCGAGUUGGCCCUGUAUGCUGCCGUGACGGGGCAGCAGACAGUGAUCGACCAGAAACAGCAAGUCGCUGUUCGAGCUUUGGAGCUAUCUUGUAACGAAGGGCUGGCGACGAUAUACUUUCGGAGCGGACAUCACGAGAAAGCUUUAGGGUACAGCGAGAAGGUUCUGCUGGCGGAGCCGGAGUCAGCAAAGGCACUCUUCCGAGCCGGCCAACUGAACUUGCGACUCAAGAACAUCGAAGCGGCCAAGCGGUGCUUAACGCGCGCAGCGAAGCACGAGCCUCAGAACGUCAACAUCCGUACCGAGCUUCGGAAUCUGACUAAAUUGGCGCAGGGGGAGGGCGUGGAGGCAGGCACAGAGUCGGCCACCACAGAGGAAGGCAAAGAGUCGGCGGGGGACAAGAGAAAAUGCCCUAAAUCUAGCGAGGAGGCAUGA